GCCAAAGAAAAAAGGCCUCCAGUAGUGCGUGCUGCUGCAUUCGCUUCUUCGCGAUUCAAGCCUUGCUUCCUCUCUUGCUAUCUUCCGUCCGUUCACAGACGAGCCCCUUGCUUCCUCUCACUCUUUCGCGCUAGAAAAGGGUUCCGUUUCGUGGAUUGGAGCCCUGGCUGCUUCAGAGGUCGCUGUUGACGCUGCUGCUGCGCCUUCCUCUUCCUCCGCCUCUUCCUCGUCCUCGAUGUUGCCGGGAGGUGCGGGGAAAAUGAGCUCGUUUGAGGUCGAGGACAGCCCGUACAACAACGACAAGCGGCGCCGCUCUAACAGCCUCUUCGUGCGGGCGGGCGUGUACCUGCAGCAGUCGCCAGCGCUGCAGUUCGCCGCCUUCCUCUCAACGCUCAUCUUCCUCUGGGCCGUCACUUUCGCGCUCUCCCCCAACCGCUCCCCCCUGCCCUAGCUGCCCUAGUUGCCCCAGCUGCCUGCCGCAAACAGUUCAGUCUCCGAAGCUGAAUGCAGAUAUAGGGUUCAAUGGAGAAUAAAAAUGCUGAUGUCGGAGAGCCUUGUGAACAAUUUGUCAGGGGAGGAGCAGGGGUGGGGGUGGGGAGGGCGGGGGGUUUGAUAGACCAUUUACUGUACCAGUAAAUGAUGUUGGAGGAUGGUUGCUUUGAGAUUAGUUUAUCGUAAAUGAUCCCCUUGUGUUGUUACUGAGAAUGGUUUUACGGUAGCAAUACCGGUAGUAAUUCCUACACCCUUUGUCGUGUUUUGAACGUUUUGAGUAGGCCCUCAGAUUUCAG